GAUAAACAUGUAGGUUGUAAUACUUUAAAAAAAUUGCAUAAGACUUUAUUGUAAAGAGUUUAAACGUACUGUUUGCUUAUAGUUAUGUAUAUAUAUUCCCUUUAACUGUGAACAUGGUGAAGGUACAAUGUAGUAACUCUUAGUACAUGUAGGUCAUAUUUCACUGAAAAUUCAAAAUGAGUGAUAUCUUAAACCACAGAUUAAAAGGUUAUGCUUUAAACGAUUUCAUCUAGAAACAACCUGAUCAACAACUUAUAUCUUGUAUUGUAAUAAACAUAACGGCCAUGAGUGACGAGGUGCCUAACAUCCCAAUGACUGACGUCCCAGUGACAGAGGUACCAGUGCCUGAAGAUGAGGCGUGGUUCUCCACGUUGGAUCUCCUUAUUUUAUCGAUGCUGGCAGGAUUUGCUGUCUAUUGGUUAUUUUUUAAGAACAAAAAACAGGAACAGCCAGUGUUUAAGAAACUUGUCGUUCAACCUAUGGCAGGAAAAAUUGAUGAUCCAAGUUUUAUCAACAAAAUGAAAAAUUCUAAAAGAAAUGUCAUAGUAUUUUAUGGGUCACAGACGGGAACUGCUGAAGAAUUCGCUGGGCGACUAGCUAAGGAUUCUAUAAUGUACGGUAUGAAGGGUAUGGUAGCCGAUCCUGAAGAAUGUGAAUUAUAUGAACUAUCACGUCUGUCAGAGAUAGACAAUGCGUUGGCGUUAUUCUGUAUGGCGACGUACGGUGAAGGAGAUCCAACAGAUAAUGCUCAGGACUUUUACGAGUGGUUACAGAGUGGCGAUACAGAUCUCUCUGGAGUUAAAUUUGCUGUAUUUGCUUUAGGAAACAAAACCUAUGAACAUUAUAAUGCCAUGGGUAAAUAUGUAGACAAAAGAUUAGAAGAGCUUGGCGGUACACGUGUGUUUGAGCUUGGAAUGGGUGAUGAUGAUGCUAAUAUAGAAGAAGAUUUUGUAAAUUGGAGAGAGAAGUUUUGGCCUGCAGUAUGUGAACAUUUUGGUGUAGAGGCUACAGGAGACCAAGGAAGUGUGAGACAAUACAGUGUGACGAUCAAUGAUGAUAUACCUAAAGAAAAGAUUUACACAGGAGAAAUAGCUAGGCUGGGAUCAUUUACUAAUCAGAAAUUGCCAUACGAUGCUAAGAAUCCAUACUUGGCUCCAGUGAGAGUCAACAGAGAACUCCACAAAGGAGGAGAUAGAUCUUGUUUACAUAUAGAAUUUGAUAUUUCUGGAUCCAAAAUCAGAUAUGAGGCAGGAGAUCAUGUAGCUGUCUACCCAGUCAACGAUUCGGAUAUCGUAGAAGGAAUAGGCAAAAGAUUAGAAGUAGAUCUGGACACCAUAUUCACACUUACAAAUGUUGAUGAGGAAGCCAGUAAGAAGCAUCCAUUCCCUUGCCCUUGUUCUUAUCGUACUGCACUGUCUCAUUAUUUGGACAUUACAAAUCCUCCCCGUGUUUUGUUGUUAAAAGAAAUGGUGGAAUAUGCCAGAGAUGACAAAGAUAAAGAAUUCCUGGCUAAAAUGACCGCAUCAACAGCAGAAGGAAAGCAACUAUAUAAUGAUUGGAUAAUAAAAGACCACCGUAAUAUUUUAGCUGUUUUAGAAGAUCUGCCAUCAUUGAAACCUGCAAUUGACCACUUGUGUGAACUUAUGCCAAAGUUACAAGCUAGAUAUUACUCCAUUUCAUCUUCACCAAAGGUACAUGACACAAGUAUUCAUAUCACUGCUGUAGUCGUAGAAUAUAAGACUAAGACGGGAAGAACUCAGAGAGGUGUCGCCACUAACUGGCUUAAAAUGAAGAAACCAGACAAUGGUAUCAAACCAAGAGUGCCAAUCUAUGUCAGAAAGUCACAGUUCAGAUUACCGUUUAAAUCAAACACUCCUGUGAUCAUGAUUGGACCAGGAACAGGGUUAGCUCCCUUUAGAGGAUUUAUACAGGAAAGAUUUGUAGCCAAGAGAGAUGGCAAGCCAGUAGGAGACACUGUUUUGUACUUUGGUUGCCGCCACAAAGCGGAGGACUUUAUAUAUCAUGACGAGCUAGAGGACUACGAGAAGGAUGGUACAUUAACACAGAUGCACCUAGCUUUCUCACGGGACCAGGAGAAUAAGGUCUAUGUUCAACAUUUAUUGGAACAGAACUCAGAGGAGACGUGGAAGUUAUUAGAAAAUGGGGGACACAUCUAUGUGUGUGGUGAUGCUCGUAAUAUGGCCAGAGAUGUACAUAAUGUUAUCCUCAAAAUUCUAAUGGAGAAAGGAAACAUGGAAAACGAAAAAGCUGAGAACUACAUUAAGAAAAUGCAGAACAAGGGACGUUACUCUUGUGAUGUCUGGAGUUGAUACCAGUCUGGGUCAUUUAGGUGCUUUAAAUUGUUAACUGUGAAUCUGUUGGAUGUCUUUAAUGUAAAGAAUUCCUAUAUUGUCGCCAUGGCAACUGUACAUUUAUUUCAUGGUUAUAUAUAAAAAUUAUUUUAUGUUAAUUAAAAAAGGUUUUUCCUGUAGGACUUACUUUUUUUAGUGGCAAAAAUAAGAAAUGAAAUGAUAAUCAUCUUUAUUCAGAUCAUUCUUGAAAUUUUUAAAUUAGAUGCAUCUUGAAUUUUACAGGAAGUUAUAUUUAACUUUUUAAGAAUGAUAAUUUACUUAUUUUAUUGACUUCCAUUUAUGUAUAUAUUUUAAGACACAAAUGAUGUGAGGAAUGAUAAAAAAAACAUAUUUGCUGUAAUAUAUCUCAAAAUAACUAUUAUAAUUAUAAACACAUAUAUAAGAGGCUAUGUAAAAUUUUUGAUCUCUAUACAUGAGUUAUUGUGAGCUUCAUGCAUGAUGUAUGCAUCGACUUUUGCUGUUGAAAUGUACAAUAGAAACACUUUAAUGAAAAGUAAAUAAUAAAAACUAUUUUUUUUUACAUUGAGUCAAUGGGAGCAACAUUCUGACUUAAACAGUGCUUAAUGAAAAAUGACAAAAAAAUAUUUAGGGUAGGCUAUUUUUAAGUACAUUUGGCUUGAGGAGUAGUUCAUAAAUAUGUUAAUAAAAUCAAGAUUUGAUCAAAAAUCAAUGCUUUAAACAUUGCAUGUUGAAAUUUAUUUAUAAUGUUGAUAAAAGAUUCAAGUUUAAGAGUGAAAUAGAUUUUCGACAAAUUAUUUUUCAAAGACUUUGUUAAAAAAGGGUUUCAUGUAUGUAUAGCCUACAUUUAUUCAUAGCCAUAAAAUAUUUACAUUUUCAUCCCAGCUGCAGGUUUAGAGUGACCCCUAAAGAAUUAAAGCAAUAAAAUAAAAAUAAAAUCAUAUUGUUUGUUUUCUCCAUUUUUACAUCAGUUUUUGUUAUCCUAUGCCUAUAGCAUGUAUAGCUAUUUACUAAUUAUCUUGGUUUUUUAACGAAAUAUUAAUUUUUCUUGAAUUUAUAUGGAUAUAUCAUUUUUGAAGCAUAUUUCCAAUGCUGCCAUGCUUACCAUGAUAUUAUAAACAAUUGUAGAAUUCUGAAUCCAUUUUUAGUUAAAAUGUAGAUUUUUAAAAUUGCAGCAUUCAACUGCUUCUCUUCACUAUGGAUAAAAGAGGACAAAAUAUAAUACGACUUUUCCUACCUAACAGGGAUGAGGAAUUAAGCAUUCAUUUUAUAUGGCCCAAUAGUCCAUUUGCCAAUUUCUGAUUUGAUUCUGUUAAUACACAUUUUUCAAACAAAUUACUUCCCUUUGUCAAUCUUAGACUGGUUCUAUACUGGACAAUAUUGGAUUUUGCCAAUGCAAAGUAUGAUGAAUUGAAAAUGAUGUAUUGGCGGUUUAACUAAUUUUUCAUGAAAAAUAAUUUCUGAUGUUGUAAGUAUUUACCUAAACAACAAAUUAAUGUAAUUAAAAGAUUUUAAAACCUUAAAGACUACUCACAUUACGCACAGGUAAAUUUGCAUUUUCUGCUAGCUCUCCAUUGUUAAUAAAAGUAAAUUUUCUUCAUAAGGGAGACAACAACAAAGAAUAUUCUCCAAUUACAUGGUAAAUUACAGGAAUUGGCAAAUGGACUACUAUUUGAUGUAUAUUUAUAUAAUGUAUAUUUUUAUUCUUUUAUCUUGUAUAUUUGUAUUGAUAAUUUUACAAUUGACAAUUCAAUUAUAGAUUUGCUGAAUUUGAAAUACUAUAUUUAAUUUGUGAAAUAUGUAAUAUAUUUUUGUGAAAAUGAUGUAUUUCUGUUAUUGCUAUGUCAGAUAGAUUUAAAAAUGAUUAAUACAUUGAUUUUAUAGAAAUACAGAAAUUAUUACGAUGUUUUGAUUAUUUUGGAAAAAAGCAACAGGGUUUAAAUCACAAUAAUUUAAACUUUUUGAAAUAUUUUAUAUGAAUUUAAAAUAAUUUUUCUCAAUUUUAAAAAAAUUCACAAUUAUAAAUGCACGUAAUAAUUCCCGAAUUUACAAUAAUAACAUUAUCUAAUGGAAGCUGUUUGAAGAAAAUGUCAUUUUAGGAACACAUUCAUAUCAUUUUUAUGAGAAAAAAAUGAGUCAGUUUAAAAGUAUUAAAUAAAAUUAUAGAAAACUGGAGAUGCAUGUGUUGUCAAUUUAGAUAUGAGUGAUUUCUAUGUUAAUUUGGUGAAAUCUGUGGUUACCUUAAUUGUUGAUUUAUGUAGUCAUUGUUGAUUCUAAUGCAUCAUCGUUUGUAACAUUUAUUUUGAUUGGAUAACAUCACUAAGUUUCAUGACAUCAACUGACAAUUGAUGCUAUGGAACGUACACGCAAACGCUGACGAUAUAUGACAGAUUUUAAAUACAUGUUUUAAUGUUUUUUCUGUAAGUUUCAUUAGAAUGGAGAUAACAAUAUUGUAUUUUAAGCGUAGACGGCAUCAAUUGGUGAUUUGAUGGUCACAAAUACCUGUUAACUGUCUCUGCUAACGGGUCAGUGAGAAACUUAAUUUGCAAUUAUCAAAUAAAAUACAAUACAGUUAUUUUCGAAUUGUUGUUAGUAUUGUUUUGCUUGAAUUUAAAUCCUGUGUCUUUUGUAUUGAGCCUUUCAUAUAAAACAACCAUUGUUGUAUUACCUUAGUAUUAGUAUUAUUCACAACUUAUUUUAUUUCUGUCAGUUUGGAUUUGUACUCAGCAGACCAGUACCACUCAUUGAAUUAUUAUUACAGUUCCCCCUGAUUUAUCAACAUUUUUGUCCUUAAUUUUUUUUAUCUCUUAUUUGAUUAAAUGUACUCAUUGAAAUUAGAUAAAAAUAAAUUAAAAACAACUUUGCAGAAGUUCCACUAGUGUUUCCCGUAAAAUUUUACAGUCACUGGAAACAAUGAAACUUGUUGAAAAGGAUGGAAAUAACUCUUUUUGGGCCUUUUAUAGCUGACUAUUAUUGCAUUGAAUUUUUAGAAUUAUAUAUCCAAGUAUGCAUAGGUAUCAUUAGGAGUUUCAUCUUAUUUUGUAGACCCUCAAUAAAAUUUUGUAAGGUAUUUAAAGGAUGUCAAGUUUCACUUUAAGAUUUUACUUUAGUGUUAGUUAUGAGAGAUUUUUCUUUUGAUAGGGUAAAACAUGAGAGAUUUCAUGGUAAAAAUAAACAACCCCAAGUUUUUGGAUUUUUUUGGAAAAAUUUAGUUUAUUUAGGCAAAUAGUUUACAGAAAUUCAGUAUGAAUUAGGAAAACAGAGUUGUCUGUUGUUUAUUUCUGAAAUGAAAACAAUUAUCUAUUAAUUUACCUACCAUUUAAUUCUCAAUGCUAUCAGUUGGUGAUUCAAGGGGGAGGAAAAAAAUGUAUAAUCCAUUUGAUAACAAAACAUAUAUGAUUUUUGGCAUAAAAUCAUAUACAAAAGGACCUUUUCACCAUUAUGAACAAUAACCAUCCUAUUUUCUUCAAAUCCUGGGUCUGCCCUGAGUAUUAUAUUUGAUUUAUAAAAAUUGUAUGAUAAUCAUUAAAAAGAUACAAUAUAUAUGAAAGAGUAUUGCUGGAAUAUACAUGUUCACCUGAUCAGAAUAUUACAUUUAAGUUUCUCUAGAAUGCAAUUGAUAUUUAAGGUGUUAACCAACACCUUUAUUAAAAAAAAAUUGUUUUUGUUUUAUAUUCAUAAUAUUUUGACAAAGUGUUUACAUUGACCCUUUCACAAAAAUAUAAAAAAAUCAAAAUUGAACCAACCAUUUAUCAGAAAAAUUACACUGGUUAAAUGGCAGUUUGUCAAACACUUAAUUUUUAUCAUUGAGAAGCUUAAUAUUACCUUAUCAACACAAGGAAAUUAAAAUGUUGAUCUGAUUUUACAGAGUUAUCUCCCUGUAGUGAAAGUUCCACCUUAAUGAAGGAUUAUCUAGGAUGUUUGUACUUUUAUAGAAACCUAUGGCUCUUAAGAAGAUCUUUAUAAUUUUUAAAACACAAUAAUCAUUGGUAGGUUAUUUUAUUUGAUCCUUGAAAUCUGAUUUGCAAUCAUGCGUCACACCAAUCAAAUCUUCAUAUCUUCAUGUAAAUCAUGUAAAAUAAGCAUUCAGAUUUUUCAGACUGGCAUUGUUAAUAUUAUGUCACAAUUAAAUAAAGUUAUACAAAUUUG